AUGUCAAAGUUAAGUUCAACGUCUGCAACAAAUAUUUUAGAUGAUAAGAUUGCAGACUGCAUGCCCAAGAAUGUUGUAUCAACCGAAUCAUCAGAUAUGCCAAAGUUGAGUUCAACGUCUACAACAAAUGUUUUAGAUAAUAAGACACCUCAAUUAUUAUCUAAGAAACGGAAAUCCGCAGUUUUUGUCGCAGACUGCAUGCCCAAGAAUGUUGUAUCAACCGAAUCAUCAAAUAUGUCAAAAUUGAGUUCAACGUCUACAAGUAUUUUAGAUGACAAGCCGACAACAGACUCCAGGCAAACUGGAAUCAAUGUGACAAUCAAACCGGAGGGAUCAAGUAUUAAGAAUAACGUUCCACCUAGAUUAAAAGCUAUAUCAAGAUCCCUACAUCCUUUGUUACGAUCCUUAACCCCAACGACACUUAAAAAAAAAUCCAUCAUGUCCGCAGCAGUCACCACCUCCUCAACCAAUGCUCCCGGCGUUCCAGGAAUGUCAAAUCCCGCAACACAACUCACUAUGGAACAACAACAGCAAAUUGCUGCCCAAGCUCAAUUUGGUGUUGGUGUUCCUCCUGCAGCCCCUCAAGCCUCUGCCUCGCUUUACGUCGCUCUUCGCAAGACCGGUACUGGCAAUAUUUUUAUCAAAAAUCUCGAUAAAUCGAUUGACAACAAAUCCCUUCAUGAUACGUUUAUCGCCUUUGGAAAUAUCUUGAGUUGUAAAGUCGCCAUGGAAGAUGGUGUAUCUAAAGGCUAUGGUUUCGUUCAUUACGAAACGGCUGAGGCUGCCGAAAACGCCAUUAAGCAUGUCAAUGGAAUGUUACUUAACGAUAAGAAAAAAUUAACUUUAAGUAUAACAUUUAGAUACGUUGGUCAUCAUAUUCCUAAAAAAGAACGUCAAUCUAAACUUGAAGAAAUAAAAGCCAAGUUCACAAAUAUUUAUGUUAAAAAUUUGGACACCGAAGUUAAAUUAGAAGAAAUCACAUCUGCUGUUAUUGCCACUGAUGAAGCUGGCAAUUCUAAGGGAUUUGGCUUCGUUAAUUAUGAAAAUCAUGAUGAAGCAGCACGUGCGGUGGGUGAGCUUCACGAUACAGAGUUGAAAGGAAAAAAAUUAUUUGUGGCCCGUGCUCAGAAAAAACAUGAACGUGAAGAAGAAUUACGAAGGCAAUAUGAGCAGGCUAAAAUGGAAAAACUGAACAAAUAUCAAGGAGUCAAUUUGUACAUAAAAAACCUUGAGGAUGACAUUGACGAUGAGAAGUUGCGUCAAGAGUUCUCUGUCUACGGUGUUAUUACAAGCGCAAAGGUGAUGAGAGAUGAGAAAUCGCAAUCUAAGGGGUUUGGUUUCGUUUGCUUCUCAUCUCCUGAUGAAGCUACCAAAGCAGUAACCGAAAUGAAUGGUCGCAUGAUCGGCAAUAAACCCAUUUAUGUUGCUUUGGCUCAAAGAAAGGAUGUACGAAAAUCACAGUUAGAAGCUCAAAUUAAUCAAAGGAACCUAAUCCGUCAGCAGCAAGCGUCAGUUGGAAUGGGUGCCGGUGCCUUUGGAAUGCCCGGUGUGUAUGCUCAUCCAGGUUCAUAUGGAAUGAGGUCUGGCCGCCCAGCUCCUUUUUACGGUCAAGUUAACAUGAUUAAUGCCGUCCCCGGUACGACUCCAAACCUUCGUGCCAAUAAUUUCGGAGGAAUUGUCAAUCGUCCUAAUGGAAGACCACAAAAUAAUCCUCCUCAGAACACUGGCCGCGGAAACCCUAAUGCUAAUCGCAGCAUUAGAAACCAAUAUCAGCAAGCACCUAAACAGCAUAAUCAAUUCAGUCAAAACAGUCGUGUUAGUAAUGGGCAAGGACCAUCUAACACUCGUAAUACCGUUCCCGCCGUGCAAAGUACUUCAGCCUCUAUGGGCUCAGUCUUUGAUAAUCGUAAAAUUAUUGGUGUUUCUCACGAAGCGCAAAAACAA